AUGCGGUUUUUACCCUGCGGGCAGAUCCGCCUCGUGGCGAAGGAGGUCGCCGUCCAUUUCUGGACUACAACGACGAUCGAUAAAGGGGCGAUCGGCUGCAUCGUUACGAGCUUCCCGACGGCCCGUCUUUCCUACGCGGAGAGCCCCUGUGAGGACGGUGCCGUUGUGAAGAAGAUUCUCGUCCUCGAAACGCACGACGCGGAGGUGUACCGCGCGGGGAGCUCCCGGGUCGUGAUUCUCAGUCUGAAAGGCGUCAACCGCGUCGAGUUCUUCACUCGGCAAAUAAUCAGCGAGACCGGGGUGGACUUCACCCUUGCUCUCGAGCAGACCCACCCGUGGACAGGCAAUCCCCAUUUCACCGACUUCGAGGACAUCUUCGCCCUCUUGCGGUCCUUUACAAACUGUGAGACUGCCAACGUCUUCCACCGCUUCGGUGAGAUGGCCGAGGCGGGGGUGGAGGACGAUCGACAGGGCGACCGUAACGCGUCAGGGCCGACAAGUUCGCGUGAGACCGAGGGGCUCCCCUCCGAAGAACGCGAUGCCAGCGAUCCCCGCCAGCUUCGCCCGCUUCGCAGUAUGAAAUUUUCCCCCCAGAUGGCCUUUGGCGGGGACGUUUCUGUGAAUAUGGAGGUGAUCCUGAAUUGGCUCGGUAUCACCGAGCGAAUGCUUCCUAACGUGUUGAACUCACACUUGUGUGAUAUGCUAGAGCGCAUGCUUUAUAACCUGGCUAAAAUUAACCCCAAUCAUACUUCGACAGCUUGA